AUGCCGAACGGUGUGCAGCGUUUUGCCGAUAUGCCGGUGGCCACCGUCUUCUCGUCGUCUGGCUACAGUGAGGACAAUCUUGCUGCCGUCCUCUUCGUGGACCCGGAAAAGAACGCCAUCACCCCGAUUUUCCUCGCAAACGAUCGGAUCAAGUCGCAAGAGCAAUUGGACAAGAAGCUGGCUGAGGGAUGGGAGACGGACGGCUACGACCAUGCGCCAGUUCUCCGUUGGUUUGGCCAGAAGAAGAAGAAGGAA